ACAUAACCUAUGUAAUCAUGUUUACAUCUUUGAGACUGUAACAAUCAGUAAUAGUAGUUAUUGACUUUUGUGGAAGCAAUUAUCAUGGACGAAGAGUACGUAAUCCAGAAGGCGAAACAAGCUUUACAAACAGAUCCAUUAUCUGCAAAAGCUUGGAUGUUGACUGCUAAAACUUUAUACCCAAACAAUUUUGGUGUACAGUUUGAGGCUUACAAAAUAGAAAAAUGUUCUGGACAUGUCAAGGAGACUGCAAAGUGCUUCAGCAAUUUGAUUGGAAAGUUUCAACAGCAGCCAGAAUUCUGGGAAGAAAUCAACCUUGUAACGGCUGCAUUAAGAAUGGAAACAGAAUCUAAAGAAAACGAUUUUCUUUGUGAAAUGUUCAAACAUAUUUCUGCUGAUGUGCAACACAAAUUACUGUUACUAACUGCUGAUCACUGCAAAGAUAUUCAUGAAAGAUGUAAAUUGUUGCUGCUACUGCUUCAAAGGUUUCCAAGUGCCAUUAGAACACAUGGAUCAAGCCUUGUAGAAACUCUUCUUUCACAUAGCCUCUCUGCGAGCACUGAUGCAAAUUGUUUCCACAAACUAUUGGUCUGUGAUCUUCUACCAUUACUGAAUUCCCAAUCUAACAUCACUUUAGAGCUGGCACCAAAAGUGAUUUUCACUUUGUUGCAUAAAACAUUAAAAUUGCACAUAUCAACUUUGAAAGAAAACCAACAAAGUAACAAGGAUCUUUCAUGCUCAGAACCUUGGUCACAACUAUUCUGUGUCAUUGAAUUUGUUGGUAAGCAAUUAGGUUGGGACCCACAGCUUGUCAACUUCACAAAUUGGACUAAAGAAAAUUACUGGCAACGUUUGAUGCAUUUCUACCAGUCAGCAAAUUGGGAUGACUUCACGAAUCCCAAGCAAUUGGUGUACUGCUUGAUAUUAUUUCUGAUUUAUUGCUUGCAUCAGUAUAAUAUGAACAUGAGCAUGGAGAAUUACGUGAUGAUCGAGGCGUUCACAGAUGCGUCUCUUCCGAGCCCGCAGAUUCCAGAGCACAAAGCUAAGAAGAGGAAGACAGAAGUCGAUUUAAAUGUACCACAUUUGAGUACGGAAAACUCCAACAAAAGCAUUACUUCGAAUUUCAUGUUGGCUGUGAACUGCUGGGACCUCUUGCAUUCAACAGACGAGAUCAACUCGGAAUUCACUAGUUUAUCUACGAUGUUGGGAUUAGAGGUUUGGUUGAGUAGUUUCUAUAUCGAUUAUUCUAUCUACAAGGGGAAGUACGAGGAGGCGUUGAAGCGUUUGGAUUGCGAUGGUCGCGCUCCGAUUAUGAAAGCCAUUACGAAGGCGUGCAUACAUUACACGCAAUAUAAUUAUCUGGUUGCGUUCGAGAAUGUAAUUGAAACGCUGAACUUGUUGCCGACGAACAUCGGCACUACCAGCACGCAACUGGUGGUUGGCGGGAAUCAACGACAUUUGCACUUUCUGCCUCUGACAAAGUUGGCAGUUCUUCAAUUCUGCAGCAAGCUGGUUUUACGCAGCAUACGGCAGAAGGGCGCGAAAAGCUCCGAUAUGGCGAUCGGACAUACCCUUGUCCUGAUGCAGAUAGAUUGGCCGCAGGAGGAAGAGAUGCUCCCCAGUUUGAUGGAGGAGAUCAGCAGGGCCGGGAGUUUCGCAUAUCCGCACUUUCAAGAUUACCUGAUUCAGGUAGAUAUUUUGGAGGAAUUGGCGUACCUGUGGAGCAUCCCGGGUGGUAAAAUCACGUUGGAUAUUGUGCCGAAUUUGACGACGAGGAGGAUGGGUACUAGACUUGCUGAUAAAGGGAUGAAAGAUGUCAUUCGACAAGCCAUCCGCAAACAAAUCAGUAGGUGCAAUGAACCCAUCCACGAGCUGAUACAUUCGUUCCUCGUACAGGAAAAACUACAGAUCUCACCGACAUUGAACUGAGUAGCUUCUCAUAGACACAUAUUUUUAAAGUUUUAUUGUA